AUCCCUUCACCGCCAUGUUCCGCCGCGUUCUCCUCGCCCUUUCGACUUUCGCCAUCCUUCUCUCUGCGGAAUCGCGGCCGACUGCGGUCACACAUGAAGAGCACCGUCUGGAGCCCCGCGCCGUGCCGUUCUCCCCUGUGAUCGUCCCAGUGAGCGAACCCGCGAUGCUGCUCGGAAGACACUACCAAGUCGUGAAGCGCGACCCGUCUCCACUCAGCCUGCCCUCCUCGGUCGCGUCGCAGCUCGCCAAAGCCAAGGGCGAGGCCCCACCCGUGCCCUCGGCGGCCCCCAUGAAGCGCAGCGACGUCCCGAUGCCGCGCUACGUCUACGAACGCGACGCGUCCGACACGAACUACCUGUCGAACGUCGGGCCGGCGCCGGCUGCCUAUCCCGGGUACAAGCCCUACGACACGCCGCCGCCGCCGGCGAGCAACUCUACGGCGAACGCGGCACCGGACGGCGGGGCGUCCCACAGCCCGGAUGACAAGAAAGGCAUCGACGGGAGCGAGAGAAAGGGCACGGCGAAAACGAAGGGUGUCACGUCGAAGACGUACAAAAGCAAGGACACGAAGAAGCACAAGUCCGCGUAGCAUGUGGGGCUCGUAGACUCUCGGUGCAAUCCUAGAGAUUAAGUACCAUAGACCUGUAUAAUCAUUCCCCCGCACUGUGCCUCUAAUAUCAC